AUGCAUGCUGUGAAAAUGAAUCUUCAUCCAUCUCACUCACAACAUUCCUCCAACACUUCACAAUCGCCGGUAUUCCUCCCCGAUGAGCUUGUAACUGAAGUACUUUCCUCUCUUCCUGUUAAAUCUUUUAUGCGAAUGAGAUGCUUGAGUAAGUUCUCUAAUUCUCUCUUUACCGAUCCUAUUUUCAUCAGAAUGCAUCUUCUUCGAUCUGCUCGAAACCCUCACCUUGCACUUGUCACUAGCAAGACCAAAACUGUCGUACCCUUACCAAUAUGCCAUUUAUUCGAAAAUCCUCCGAUCACCCUUACUGACGAACCUCAUUACCUUAUCAACGAUGUUUGUUUAUAUCAAUCCAACAGCCGCGUCAUCCAUCGUGUUGUUGGUUCCUGUAAUGGAUUGAUCUGCUUUCUCACUUAUUCAAUUUUGCAUCAAGAUAUAACGUUUCGUUUAUGGAACCCAUCCACUAGAACAAUAUCUAAAACAUUAGGCCAUUUAGAUUUUCCAGUUGACAGGAUUAACUCAUUUUGUUAUAUGGCAAAUGAUGGAAUUUGGAGUUCAAGAAUCUUGGACACAGUUUCUUCAAAUUAG